GCAGCCUCCUCCCAGUGCCCCGCCUCCGCCCUUACCUGGACCCCGCAGGAGAUGGGUGCCCCCAUCGGCACACUGUCCUUUGGCCACCGGACAUCAUGCCUCCCAAGAAGGAUGUUCCCAUGAAGAAACCAGCAGGACCCUCUGUUGCCAAGCCUGCUGCCAAACCAGCAGCAGGGGCCCCUCCAGCCAAGACCAAGGCUGAGCCAGCUCCAGCUGCCCCUCCUGCCCCUCAGAAAACCCAGGAGCCCCCCAUCGAUCUCUCCAAAGUGGUGAUCGAGUUUAACAAGGACCAGCUGGAGGAGUUCAAGGAGGCCUUUGAGCUGUUUGAUCGAGUAGGGGAUGGCAAGAUCCUGUACGGUCAGUGUGGGGAUGUGAUGAGGGCCCUGGGCCAGAACCCCACCAACGCCGAGGUGCUCAGGGUCCUGGGGAACCCCAAGAGUGAUGAGCUGAAGUCCCGGCGUGUGGACUUUGAGACUUUCCUGCCCAUGCUCCAGGCCGUAGCCAAAAACCGGGACCAAGGCACAUAUGAGGACUACCUGGAGGGGCUUCGGGUGUUUGACAAAGAGGGGAACGGCAAAGUCAUGGGAGCAGAGCUCAGACAUGUCCUCACCACCCUGGGAGAGAAGAUGACUGAAGAGGAGGUGGAGACUGUUCUGGCAGGACACGAGGACAGCAAUGGCUGCAUCAACUAUGAAGCCUUCCUGAAGCACAUCCUAAGCGUCUGAGCUCUCCAGAUGCGGCGGGGUCGGACACUGCCCCCCUUCCCCGGCAGGCGGAAGCACGUUCCUGCCACUAGGAGGCCAACUAUUGUUUCAAAAUAAAGAGACGGUUCCUCCCUAGG